AUGCGCUUCCUUGCCCUCCUCUCGCUCGCCGUCGCCAGCGGCUUCGUCACCGUCGCCGCGGCGCCGACGACGCAGCUGCCCUUCUUUGCGCCCGGCCGCCUGCACUACGACGGCAUCGUGCCCGCGCCGCUGCACGCCCAGCCCGCGCGCCAGCCCAUCGCCGGCCACUUCAUCGUCGUGCUCAAGGCCGGCGUCGACGCCGCCACCGUGCUGGCUCACCGCGCCGACGUCGCCGCGGCGCAGGCCAGCAGCUUCGACGCGGCACCCGGCGCCGGCAUCCGCCACGUCUACGACCUCGAGCAGCGCUUCCAGGGCUACGCCGGCGCCUUCUCCGACGACGUCCUCGCCUACAUCCGCGCGCACCCCGCCGUCGAGUACGUCGAGCAGGACACCGUCGUCUCGACGACGGAGAUGCCGCACAACAACGACCAGGUGUGGGACGUGCCGUACGAGCAGUCGAUUGAGGAGGCCUUUGCCGUCCAGGGCGCUCCGUCGCUCGACCUCAAGACGGUGGAGAAGGGCUCGCCGUGGGGCCUCGUGCGCAUCUCGCACCGCGAGCAGGUCGGCUUCAAGAACUUCGGUGAGCGCGCGCGCCGGGCUUUGCGCGCGCCAGCACCGCUGACCCGCUCGCGCGCAGGCCAAUACGUCUACAACAGCAAGGGCGGCGAGGGCACCGUGGCGUACAUUAUUGACACCGGCAUCAACAUCAAGCACGUCGAAUUCGAGGGGCGCGCCAUCUGGGGCAAGACGAUGCCCGCCAACGACGUCGACGAGGACGGCAACGGACACGGCACCCACUGCGCCGGCACGAUUGGCUCGCGCAAGUACGGCGUGGCCAAGAAGGCGACGCUCGUCGCCGUCAAGGUGCUCGGCUCCGGCGGCUCGGGCUCCAUGUCCGACGUCACUGGCGGCGUGCUCUGGGCCGCCAACAACGCCACGGCCAUCACCAAGGAGUACUCGCUCAACCCGCACACGGCCGCGGCCAAGAAGCACAAGGGCUUCGUCGCCAACAUGAGCCUGGGCGGCGGCAAGAGCCCCAGUCUCGACAAGGCCGUCAAUGGCGCCGUCGAUGCCGGCCUGCACUUUGCCGUUGCGGCCGGCAAUGAGAACGCCGAUGCGUGCAACACCAGCCCCGCCGGCGCCGAGAACCCGGUGACUGUCGCCGCCUCGACGAUCACUGACGAGCGCGCGUACUUCUCGAACAAGGGCAAGUGCGUCGACAUUGCCGCGCCCGGCCUCAACAUUCUGUCGACGUGGAACACGGGCAACACGAGCACCAACACCAUCUCGGGCACGUCGAUGGCGACGCCGCACAUUGUCGGCCUGCUGGCGUAUCUGCUCUCGGUGUACGGCACGCCCGAGUUCUACGAGGGCCAGUCGGCCUCCGUCUUUGCCGAUGCGGCUGCUUCGCGCUCGCCGCUGGCCAGCGUGCUGAACAGCCUGCCGCUGCCGAGCUUCGCCACCAACUUCCUUGACUUCCUCUUUGGCGUGCAGACGGAGAUGACGAGCCUCGUGGCGCCCAUCCCCAAGACGCCCAUCGGCAGCGUCAUUGCGCCGUCGGACCUCAAGAAGGCGCUGCAGAAGCUGGCGACCAAGGAUGUCCUCUCGGACAUGACGGGCACGAUCAACCUGCUCUCCUUCAACAACGCCACGGACAGCACCAAGAACGCUUGA